AUGUCGCAACUAAACUCAGCAUUGACCGCCAAUGCGGACAAGAACAGACAGCUCCUCUCUGAGCUAGCAGCAACCGACUAUGCCCCUCCUUCCCUCAAACAAAACAUCGAGUACAUCUCCGACCUCAAACGUCAAAUCGCCAACACCGACAAAGAACUGGCCCGCUUGCACACCAUCACCGAAGAUGAGCGCAAGGUGUGUCUCAACCCUUAUAGUCUCUCGGUUCUCUCAGCACCAAAUGAUUCUCAUCUUUUUCGAUGGGACCAUGUGAAGUACCGCGACUCCAACCUGAAACGCUGGGGCUACAAACUCCAAGGCUCAAAGGGCAAAGACAAGUACACAUCUGGCCAAGAAAAGGAAGAGAAGGAAUUCCAAGAUGCGUGGCAGAAGGAACGCUCGACGAAGGAAGCCCGUGAUGAACUCGCUCGUGCUCUGGAGCAGGCUGAGAAGGAUCGCUCCAACCUCGAAACCGACAAAUCGCGCCACGACAAGGCGCAGAGUGACCUCGAUGCAUUGUACAACUCCAUCUUCUCCGGACCGACGCCGGACGUGCCCGGUGAAGACCAAUUUGAGGACGCAGUAAAGCAGAACCGCAGCCACUUCGACCAAAUCCAAACACAAUUCAACGCAGACAAACAAGCCCUCAACGCGCUGAUGUACGCCGAAACUUGCCUAGGCGAGGCUUACAAGAACAUCCAGAGCGCCCUCAGCCAUUCGAAAUGGGACAUGUACGGCGGGGGCGGGUUUGUGGACAUGAUGGAACGAGAUGCCCUCGCAUCCGCGCAGAAUAACGUCAAUGGGACAAUCCGGCAUUUGGAGGAGGCGCGUCGUCGGCAACCGCAGAUUCAGCCGCUGGCGGAUAUCAAUAUUGAUAUGGGGCAUUUUUUUUAG